AUGGACUUCCCAGAGGCCCCGAUUUUCCCCGUCCUCAAGGACAAGGUGGCCAUCAUCACGGGUGGCGCCCAGGGCAUGGGCAAGGCCACAGCCUCCGUCUUCCUCCGCGCAGGGGCAAAGGUGGUCAUCGCCGAUGUCAGGGACGAACAGGGGGCGCAGGUUGCUGAGGAGCUCUCUUCACUUGGUGAGGUUCGUUUCGUACGCACGGACAUCUCCAAGUCGGAGGAUAUCCAGAACCUCAUCGCGCAGACCGUCAGCGCAUUCGGCAAGUUGGAUGUAGCCAUCAACAACGCCGCGAUGACUCCUGACAAGACGGCGCUGCUGGAGGCCGACGAGGACUACUGGCGGCGGCUGAUCGAUGUCAACCUGACGGGGACUGCUCUCUGCUGCAAGUACGAGAUGCAGCAGAUGAAGAAGCAGGGGACCAGGGGGUCAAUUGUCAACAUUGCCUCGAUCAACGCGUACAUGCCCCAGCCCAACAUGCCGGCGUACACUCUAUCAAAACACGCCAUUCUGGGCUUGACCAAGCACGCCGCCACAGAGGGAGGACCCAGCGGUAUUCGCGUAAACACCGUUGCUCCAGGAGCCAUCUUUAGCGAGAUGUCUGCAGCGGCCCUGGAGAUCAUGGGCACGACGCACGACGAGUUCGCACCCAAAGUCAGCAGCCUGCACCGGUUUGGCCAGCCCCACGAGGUCGCGCAGGCCUCGCUCUGGUUGGCGUCCGACAGCUCGUCGUACGUUCACGGCGUCAGUCUGCCGGUUGACGGAGGAUUCCUGUCCAAGUGCCCAGGCAUCGGUGCUGAAAUCGCCCGCAACUUCGCCAGCAAGGGCUGCAAUGUGAUUAUAAACUACGCCACUGCAUCCUCUGAUGAGCGUGCUGCGACUCUUGCCACUCAGCUCGAGAAGGAAUUCGGCGUCCAGACCCUCCCCAUCCGCGCAGACAUCACCACCAGAGAGGAGUGCGAGCGCAUUAUAUCAGCCGCGAAGGAGAAAUUCACCAACCCGCAGACUGGAAAGCUGCAGAUCGACAUUAUCGUGCACAAUGCUGCGAUCCUCUUCAUCGGACCGCUGGAGACCGUCGACCCUGCCGAGUUCCACCGCAUCUACGAGGUGAAUGUCCUAGGUCCGAUUCUCUUGACAGGUGUCUGCAGGGACUAUCUCCCAACAGAUCGCUCUGGGCGCAUUGUGAUGCUGUCGAGCAUCAACUCCAAGGUUGGCACGGAACACACUACCUUGUACGCGGGGACAAAGGGCGCCAUCGAGGCCAUGACGAGGGUUUGGGCGCGUGAGCUUGCUGAACGUGCGACCGUCAACUCGAUCAACCCUGGCCCGGUCAUGACCGAUAUGUAUCUCACUGCGCCGGAUGAGGUGAAACAGGGCCUUGCCCGGUGGAACCCCCUUACCCCGUUGGUUCCGGUUCGUGAGACGGACAGCGACGAGGUCAAGGAGCUGGGCAACAAGUUUGGAGGCAGGGCAGCGUAUGCAGAGGAGAUUGCUGGCCUGAUUGCGACGAUUUGCAAUCCUGAGUUUGGAUGGUGCACUGGCAGUAUCAUCUCUGCUAACGGUGGGCUGUCGUUUAGUAUUUGA